ACGGAGUCCAAAAUAGAAGUCAAGUAAAGGGAAGAAUAAAUCGAAAUUAUUAUAUCAAGCGAAAGCUAAAGAUGAACAACCGCAGACAUAUCAGCAAAGGACCGAGCAAUUCACAAAUGAAAUGGAAACUUAAUUUUUCAGAAAAAUGAAAGAUCGAAAGAAACUUGGUAUAUUACGGGUUUUGUUAUGGUGCGGCCUCCUCUUCUUCUCCGGCUUCACUUUAUCCAAUCUACGUCUCUACUUCCAAGAAGGUUCUGAACGAAGAUUGCGUCUGUCAACAUGGCAUCCACUGGCGAUGGAAGCUAUCUCCGAUCCUUCUUCUACUUCAAUUCCACCUAUCUCAAUUCAACAAUCAAUUAUAUUUCCCGACCAAGUCUUGCUUUUCCUAAAAUACCCUCCCUCCACUCCUUUAUUUACCAAAAAUGACAUCGACUGUGUAUACUUGGUCCACAAUUCAUCUGAGCCCCGCCUUAAGCUCCCUCCACUAUGGAUCGACGAUCAAUAUUUCGAUCAUCAGAUCGUAAGAUGUCCACUGCAGACACGUGGCACGAUUGUUUCUAUUGCUGUUCAGUCUACUGCUACCCUCGUCCCUGUAACGGCAUAUAAGUGGGACAAGUUGGCCUAUGAAGCUAUAUUAGAUCGUGACAAUACCACCGUUGUUUUCGUGAAGGGGCUUAAUCUACGGUCAGGAAGAGUCACUGAUCCGUCAAAAUUUAAAUGCAUCUACGGUUGGGAUUUAAGGAAGCCUAAGUUUGUGCUACGGUCCAACGUGGUAUCGGCUGCUCAAGAAAUUGUCAGGUGCAAAACCCCUCUGAGCAUUUUGAAUAGCCAACAAGGAUUUGGUAUUAACGCUAAUGAUUCGAUUAAGGUUUCAGUUCGAGUUGUUGGUAGACAGACAAUUAAGUCUGUUGCAGGGCUUAAACUUCGAUUGGAGCCAGCAACAUUGUCUAAACGACGACACAAAAUCUGCAUAUGUACAAUGUUGAGGAAUCAAGCAAGGUUUUUACACGAAUGGGUCGUGUACCAUGCACAUAUAGGAGUCGAACGAUGGUUCAUCUAUGAUAACAAUAGUGACGAUGAUAUCAAAGAUGUAAUUGAGAAACUAUUGAGUAAAGAUUAUAACAUUACACGGUAUAUGUGGCCGUGGAUCAAGACUCAAGAGGCUGGAUUUUCGCAUUGUGCUCUACGGGCUAGGGAUUUGUGUGAGUGGGUUGGAUUUAUAGACGUUGAUGAGUUCUUUCACUUUCCCUCAGGAUUGUCAUUGCACGAUCUUAUCGAGAAGAAGUCUAGAGGUAGCAAAGUAGGCGAAUUAAGGGUACCAUGCCACAAUUUCGGCCCUUCCGGCCUCAAAAAUGUUCCGGUGAAAGGUGUGACGGUUGGAUACACGUGUCGGUUGAGUGGCUCAGAGAGGCACAAGAGUAUAGUGAGGCCUGAGAAUCUGAAUUCAACACUGAUCAAUUUGGUGCACCAUUUUCAUUUGAAGGCUGGUUUUCAUUCUGUCAAUGUAAAUGGAAAUAUGCUGGUGAUAAAUCACUACAAGUAUCAAGUGUGGGAAGUGUUCAAGGAGAAGUUCUAUAGGAGGGUUGCAGCCUAUGUCUCGGAUUGGAAAAACGAGCGAAAUGUCGGUUCCAAGGAUCGAGCCCCAGGUUUAGGAACGGAAGCUAUUGAACCACCAGAUUGGUCGACUAGAUUUUGCGAGGUUAGAGACACUGGCCUAAGGGAUCGGGUUUUGUCGAAAUUUACCGACGACAAAACAGGUCGGUUGCCAUGGCAAGAUUGACCGAAUUAGAUUUGGAUUCAGAUAAUGUGUUGAUACCAUGUCGAACAAUUGUAUACUUUUAUUAUUUUUUCCUUCUCGUUAUUCAUAUGCUGAUAGCUUUGUAGUUUGUACACUUUAUGUAUUGUUUUGUAAAUAUAUGUAAUAAUACUCUCCGAAAAAUAAAAGUAAUGAUGUCUGCUUAGAUGA